CAAAUGGUUUCAGUUUUGCUUAAAUUUAAGGAAACUCGAAGCAAUUUUUUCAUAUUUAGCAGGCUACCCUUUUCUUCUCUCUCUCUUCUCUUUCUCCUUCUCUUUCUCUCUCUGAAAUCUAUAAUGUUUGUCUAGUAAGAGAGAACUCUUCGCCAAAUAACUAAUGCCUAUGUUUCUCACUUCUCUUGCUACAUUGUCCAAGGCGCAUAUGUAGCUUGGAUUUUCCAUCACUUGCCCUUGUAGCUUCUAUAUUCAUCUAUCUAUCUAUAUCUAUAUCUAUACACUCACAUAUAUAAUAUUUUCCCUAUUAUUAUUAAUAUUGUUUGUUUCUUUUGCAUGUUUCAGAUACCCAACAACACAAAGCCAUUCUUUUUCUUCAUAUAUAUAUAUAAACACAGUGCAAGCUAACAUUUUUGCCUCUUCUCAUUCGCGAACUCUUUUGCAUGUUUUGAGUCACUGCUUCUUUCAUGAUCUUUAUGUGUUUGUGGGAUGAAAUACAUAUAUGUAUUUUUUUCUCUCUGUCUUUUUUAUUAAAUGGGUAUUGGUUUUUUUCUGUGAAUUAUAGUGAAGUUUGUUUGACUUUGGUCGUUUGAAGCUGCUGGUUCUUCUGGGUUUUGAUUUAAUUGGGUCGUUUCACCCUGAUGGCUCCUGUUAGAGGGUCUAAAAAGAGGAAGAAGACAGAAAAGAAGCCUGAGGAAAAUGCUUAUGGUUCUGGGUCAUCCGAGAAGGAUGGUCCUCUUGAUUGGUGGGAUGAAUUGUUGAGGAGAAUUAAUGGUCUACAGUCUCCGUCAAAAGGUCUAGACAAGUUUGAAUCUGUUUUCAAGAUUUCUCGGAAAACUUUUGACUACAUAUGUUCACUUGUAAAGGAAGAUAUGAUGGCUAAGUCAGCUCAUUUUGUGUUUGCAAAUGGAAAAUCUUUGUCUUUAUGUGAUCAAGUUGCUGUAGCACUAAGAAGGCUGAGCUCUGGUGACUCACUUGUGACGAUUGGCGAUUUGUUUGGGGUGAACCACUCAACUGUCUCUCAAGUGACAUGGCGAUUUGUGGAAUCUAUGGAAGAAAGGGGACUUCACCACCUACAAUGGCCUUCCUCUGAAGCAGAAAUGACAGAAAUCAAGUCCAAAUUUGAGAAAAUAAGGGGCUUCCCUAACUGCUGCGGUGUCAUUGAUACUACUCACAUCACAAUGUGUUUGCCUGCUUCAGACCCCGCAGGUAAUGUGUGGCUUGACCAUGAAAAGAAUCACAGCAUGAUAUUGCAGACAGUUGUGGAUGCCGACAUGAAAUUUCGGGACAUAGUCACUGGAUGGCCUGGAAAAAUGAAGGAUUGGUUAGUGUUUCAGAACUCAAAUUUUUACAAACUUAGUGAUAAAGGAGAGAGGCUGAAUGGAAAGAAGGUGGAGAUUUCGAAAGGAUUAGAAAUAAGGGAGUACAUAAUUGGUGAUUCAGGAUUUCCUUUGCUGCCCUAUCUUGUAAUCCCCUAUGAAGGAAAAGACCUUCCGGAAUCAAAAAUUGAGUUCAACAAGCGUCAUUCCGCAACUCGAGUGGUUGCUCAACGAGCAUUGGCGAGACUCAAGGACACAUGGAGGAUCAUUCAUGGAGUCAUGUGGAGACCUGACAAACACAGACUGCCAAGAAUCAUUCUGGUUUGCUGCUUGCUUCAUAACAUUGCCAUUGAUAUGGAAGAUGAGGUGCAUGAUGAGCUGUCUUUGUCUCCCAACCAUGACUCGGGUUAUCAUCAAGAAAUAUGCGGAACCACUGAUGUGGAUGGCGUGAACCUGAGAGACAAGCUAGCCCUCUACUUGUCUGCAAGGAUCAGCUAUUGAAAAUCUUGAGAUGAAGUUAUAUUACAAUCUGUUAUUCAUUAGAACUAACUUGUAAGUUGUUAGGCAGACAUUGCAAGUUUGAGUAGAUCUUUGAGACCAAAAUUAUGGCUGAGACGAACUGGUGAUAGUUUAAGGUACUGUUUUAGUCAUUGAAGAAGUUUCAAAGUAGCUUGAGGACUUGUAUA